UUUUGGAGGAGGCGGAUCCGCCCCCUCUCGGGCAAGUAACAGCUGGCAGAGUCCAGGGGAGCCGGGUCGGAGUCGCGCGCCGCUUCACAGAAUGAGGCUCGCUUUCUGCGUCUUGCUGUGCGCGGGGUCCCUGGGGCUGUGUCUGGCUUUUCCUAAGGAAACUGUGAGAUGGUGCACUGUCUCAAGUCAAGAGGCCAGUAAGUGCUCCGGUUUUCGUGACAAUAUGAAAAAAAUCCUUCCAGUGGAAGGUCCUCAUGUCAGCUGUGUGAAGAGAACCUCUUACCUUGAGUGCAUCAGGGCCAUCUCGGCCAAUGAAGCAGAUGCUGUGACCAUCGAUGGAGGUUUGGUGUUUGAGGCAGGCCUGGCCCCCUACAACCUGAAGCCUGUCGUGGCAGAAUUCUAUGGGUCAAAAGAUGAUCCACAAACCCACUAUUACGCAGUGGCCAUGGUGAAGAAGGGCAGUGACUUCCAGCUGAGCCAGCUCCGAGGCAAGAAGUCCUGUCACACAGGCCUUGGCUGGUCUGCUGGGUGGAACAUCCCCAUGGGGAUACUUCUUCCUCCUGACUCAGGGGAAGAAGCAGCAGCCAAGUUCUUCUCCAGCAGCUGCGUCCCCUGUGCGGACCGGAUGGCCUUCCCCAAACUGUGCCAACUGUGUGCGGGGAAAGGGGUGGAAAAGUGCGCCUGCUCCAACCAUGAACGGUACUUCGGCUACUCGGGUGCCUUCAAGUGUCUGCAGGAUGAUGCCGGGGACGUGGCCUUCGUGAGGCAUGUGACUGUGUUCGAGAACCUGCCUGACAAGGCUGACAGGGACCAGUAUGAGCUGCUCUGCAGGGACAACACCAGGAGGCCUGUGGAUGAGUACGAGAACUGCCACCUGGCACAGGUCCCUUCCCACGCCGUCGUGGCCCGGAGUGUGGAUGGCAAGGAGGACUUGAUCUGGGAGCUUCUCAACCAGGCUCAGGAAAAUUUUGGAAAAGACAAGUCGGCAGAGUUCCAGCUCUUCGGCUCUUCUCAUGGGAAGGAUCUCCUGUUUACAGACGCCUGCCUUGGGUUUUUAAGAGUCCCACCGAAAAUGGACGCGAAGCUCUACCUGGGAUACGAGAAUUUUGCUGCCAUUCAGCAUCUAAGGAGAGUCCAAGGGACAGAAGAACCCCAGAGGGUGAUGUGGUGCGCAGUAGGCCAGCACGAGAGGACCAAGUGUGACAGCUGGAGUGCCCUGAGCGGCGGCAUCUUGAAUUGCAACUCGGAGGACACCAUGGAGGACUGCAUUGCUGCCAUCGCGAAAGGAGAGGCUGAUGCCAUGAGCUUGGAUGGAGGCUUCCUCUACACAGCGGGCAAGUGUGGUCUGGUGCCUGUCCUGGCAGAGAACUACUUGUCUCAAGAUGGCAAAGAGCGGUUUGGGUCUAAGUGUGUGAAUACACCUGUGGAAGGUUAUUAUGUCGUGGCCGUGGUCAAGAAGUCAGAUGCUGACCUCACCUGGAACUCCCUGAGAGGCAAGAAGUCCUGCCACACAGCUGUUGGCACUUCCGCAGGCUGGAUCAUCCCCAUGGGUUUCAUAUACAACCAAACCGGGUCCUGUAAACUUGAUGAAUUCUUCAGUCAAAGCUGUGCCCCUGGGUCUGAUCCAGAGUCCCGUCUCUGUGCUCUGUGCAGUGGCAGCAUCAGUGGGCAGCCAGCCCACACCUGUGCCCCCAACAGCCACGAGGGGUACCACGGCUUCAGUGGGGCCCUCCGGUGCCUGGUUGAGAAGGGAGACGUGGCCUUUGUGAAGCACCCCACGGUCCUGCAGAACACCGACGGAAGGAACCCCGAGGCCUGGGCAAAGGAUCUGAAGCAGGAGGACUUCCAGCUGCUGUGCCCCGAUGGUACCAGGAAGCCUGUGACUGAGGCCCAGAGCUGUCACCUAGCAGCAGUCCCCAGUCAUGCUGUGGUCUCAAGGAAAGAUAAGGCGGAUUUUGUCCGCAGAAUGCUCUUCAAUCAACAGGAGCUCUUUGGAAGAAAUGGGUUUGAAUACAUGAUGUUCCAGCUGUUCAAAUCCUCGACCGAGGAUCUGCUCUUCAGCGAUGACACAGAAUGUUUGGCUAACCUUCAGGACAAAAUAACUUAUCAAAAAUACUUAGGGCCAGAGUAUCUUCAGGCUAUUGCUAACGUGAGACAAUGCUUCCCCUCCGAACUUCUGGAUGCCUGCACUUUCCAUGGAAAUUAAGAAAUGAUCAAAGUGGGCAACCACAGAGAUGCUCGGAGCCUGCAAGUACAGUGGGGCCACAUUUUCAUUUGUCUGUGUGGUGGGUCUGGGUUAACAUCAGUUAUAGUUAUAAUUGUGUACUGUAACUGAUGCAAAAAUCACAGUGAAUAAAAACUAUUGUGUCUUCUCAGAAAA